AUGUUUCUGUUGUGGUUCGGUUUGAUUGUUGCGUUUUUCUUGAUUGAAUCUGGGGCUCAUAAAGAUUCAGAAAGAAUGAGGGGAAUUAAGAAAGACGAAAAAGUCCGUGAAGAAAAGUAUGGUGAAAUCCCACGCAGUAAUGAUGAAAUCUGGUUCGAUUCUAUUGACAGUGAAGAUGAAGAUUAUGAAAUACUGGACGUAGAAGAAGAUAAUCUGCUGCAUCCUAGUGAUAAUAAAUUUCUUACUCCGGAAACAAUUCCAUCAAAUGAUAAGGGAGGAAUGACUUAUAGCAAGAAAGUUAAUAACAUCGAUGAAUUAGAUGAAUACAAUAGAAAAUACGAAGCAGAAGAUUUAACUAACAAUCUUGGUAAUCUAACUUAUAGUGGAAAUGAUCUUAAGUUCCGUCAGAAUGAGCAUAAUGAAGAAGACGAUGAUGAAGACGGUGAUGAUGAAGACGGUGAUGAUGAAGACGGUGAUGAUGAAGACGGUGAUGAUGAAGAAGAUCAUAAUGACAUUUGGUUUCCGCUUCCUUACACAGGAGUCUACGAUAUUGGAUACGCUACACCGGAGAGGGAGCCUGGCGAAGACAGGUGGAGAAUUACUCCUUGCGUCACAACUCUGAGAGAGCUGUACACUUGCAUAUUCUGCUCUGGAGAUCCUUCAGUAAGACAGCAGUUUCUGAGUUGCUAUGAACUUCUUCCAAAAAGAGUAAAGAAGCAAGGCAUAAAGUGCUAUAGCAAGGUUCUAAAAAUACCUUUCGCUGAAGGAGCCGAUGAUAUGGAUUAUUAUCACUAUUUAUGCAAGAAAUUCAAAAGUAUAGAGCAGAUAGUUUCAUGCGUUGCAAGUAGUUUGCCAGAGCUUCCAAAGAAGAAGUUUAUAGAAGAGGAAAUUCAAUUGGCGAAGUAUUCGUAUUGCCUGAAAUCGAUCAACUCAAGAAAUUGUUGCUAAGAAUGAUAUGAAAUUUUUUCAUUACCGUACUAUUUUAAUAGUUAAUUAUGAAGCCAA